UCGACCUCGAAUCUUGCACCACGCGGCCGACUGUCUCCGUAGCCCUGCGGACUUGGGACGACUUUCUUGGGAUCUUGUGGCUCUUCUGUUGCUUGAAAAUUGGUACAUCUUGUUCCUGGUUUCGUUGCUGGACUCGAAUGGUCGUCGUCGUCUCGUGGCGCCCAAUUUCACAGGAAAAAACACGACCCGUGCGAGACCUGAUCAUCUCCCUGGUGACGGGUCCUCCUCCACUUUUCUCAGACUGACCAACGAUCCCAAUUUAGGAUGCCUCCAGAACUAGUGCGGGUGCCGUCGCAAGGAAGCAUCGUCUCGCAGACGACACAGCAGAUGAAUCCUCAUAGCCGUCCAGGGACGGCUGACCCUAUGCGCGCCCGGUCCGAAACCCUUUCUCGAGCUGCUCGUCGACCUCGCUCGAGAGGAUCGACUGCUAGUAUCCAUUCGAGCACAACACAACAAACACAGGACCAGCACCUUGAUGGAUUCCCUCAAUUCAUGCCCUCCCAAGUCGGAGGAGGCCAACAUGUCUUUGGUAGCAACCCGGAGGACAUGUUGAUGCGAUUUGGUCAUCAGCUGUCUCACCAACCCAAUGGCGCGUCGCUGGAGCAAAGCGUGCGGGAUACACACCCGAUGGCCUCCCGACCGGACGAUUUCCCUGCCCACGCCAUGCAUGCACACACACUCUCGCACCAUGGGUUGCCAACAGAAAUGCCCCACAACGCAAUCUCUGCCGUAGCAGUUCCCCAGUAUCAGGCCAUAUAUGACAGUGGGAUUGAGAACCACCUCCCCGACCACACCAUGGAUGACCAAGAAGCGUCAGAAGCCGGCGGGAAGAAGAAGAGGGGAUCUAGCUCCACCCUUGCGAAUGAUAACGAGUUGCGGAAAUUGCUUCGCCAAUACGAGGGCUUCAGUUUGAAGCAGAUGGCUGCCGAGGUUAUGAAGCACGAAGGUGGCGGAGGCAAGGCCGAGAAGGUGAAACAAGUAUUCGCCAUGAUCUGGUUACGGGAGAACUGCCGGAAGAGCAAUGGCUCGGUACGACGAGAUCGCGUGUAUUGCUGCUAUGCAGAGAAGUGUGGAACGGAGCGAGUUUCGGUCUUGAAUCCAGCAUCCUUUGGCAAACUUGUCCGCAUCAUCUUCCCCAAUGUUCAAACACGCCGCCUUGGUGUUCGAGGCGAGUCCAAGUAUCACUAUGUGGAUUUGUCGGUCAUUGAGGAAAAGCAACAAAGGCCCGUCCCACUCAACCCACAAGUCGCUCCGAAUCCCCACCAAAUUCCGGCUGGUGUUCCCGAGAGACCUGCUAGUGGCAUGCGCUCAAGGAGGUACGAUGACAUUUCUUCCGUCUUGGUUGAUAGCUGUGACACCCGCUCCAGCAUUAGUAUUGUCCAGCCUACAGCAGAUACUGCCGUCUUCCCAUCACCCACAACCUCUUUCGCACCCCGAUUCCCGACCAAUCCUCCCGCAACUGGUUGCAACUGCCAGGGCCAACCCCCUUCUGGCCCCGAUGCCGUCAUUACCACCGAGAAUGUUUCCCAGCAAGCCGGAAAGAUAAUUCAUCAAAUGCUUCAAUUCCCAACCGACGAAGUUCCGGGUAUUGACAAUGAAACUCUCGUCCUCCCUGAUAUUCGCGGAUACCUCCCAGUCAACACAGACCCCAAGGUUGCCGAAGCCCUUGCUGCUCUCUACCGAUCGCACUGUAUAUCGGUGAUUGAUAGUUUCCGGUUCUGCAAAGAACGAAACCUCCUCAAAUACUUCUCCGCUUUCCACGGUACCUUGACUGUGCCGGUCCAAAAACUUCUCACACAUCCAAACCUCGCCCCUUGGAUCAAGGAAUGCGACUGGUUGAUGUAUCAAAAGAUGAUCGCCUUCGUGGCCCCUCUUACGACCCAGGUGGUCCCUAAACUUGUCUUGGAUGCAUUCCGAUCAAUUUCUCUGCGUCUCUGCAGCCACAUUGCAGAGACCUUCAAGACUCAGCCAUCGCACGUCUCUAUUGCGCGACUCAUUCCUGCGCACAUCUUUUGCAAUCUUCUCAAGCAUAUGCUUGAUGUGAACCAGGCUGCCAACGCCGCUGCUGCUUGGCUAUGUCAUCCCGAUAAUCGGAACCAGAUGUGGUUCGACUUCAAAUCUCUUGUUGACCCCCAGGAGAUGAUUCUCAAGGCCAACAUUCCUACUUGCGCCGAAAAGGCCACGGAGCAGAUUUUGAAACACGAUGUUCGUGCACUCCUGACACCACUCCACGAGUCCGAUGCUUCAACUGGCCUUUCCUUUUUCUCAACACCGGAUGGCCCCGAGGCCAUUGAGGCUCAUCAAUUCCCCGUAGAAACUUCUACUGGCGAUGAUUACAAUUUCCCUGAUAAAUGGAUAUCAUUCAUCCUCAACCUCCCUCUGGCGUUCUCCAACCACCGCACACAGUGUAUAAUUGAGAAGGUGAACGCCCUUUGGGACUCUAUACUUCACCGUCUCACCUUGGGUGGAGCUGCAAGCUUCAGUGCUUGGUGGAUGACGAAGCUGUUUUUCCACGAGAUGAUGGUUUGGCAAGCGGAGAAAGGGGGGUUCAUGAGGAACACACCCGGCUCCUUGCAGAGCAUGGCCUUUGGCCCAGAGCAGGUCUCUGUUGGAAGUUUUCAGCUGAAGCAACACGCUGUUCCCGAACCCCCCACCUUUGAGAGUGCGCGUGGUGCUCAUUCCAAAGCGAACCCGAGUGCCUCCCCGGACCUGCGCGGGACACGAGAUCAGACCGUCGAUGAAGAACCCGAAACCAAGCACAUCCCGACUGCCAAAGAGCUGGCUCUUGCAGAUGUGGGGUUUCAAGCCCCAAACAACGAUGACAGUGCGAUCGAUUUGGAAGACGACCCUAUGUUGAUAGCAGUGGGUAAAUAUGGAGAUAUGAUGGCUUCAGACCCGGCCGAUGCUGAGGGUGAUGUGAUAGUCAUCUAGUCUUCCUUUUUUUGAAUAUUUCUUGGCAACAAUGUUCAUUGCGGUCUGCAGUUUGAAGUUGUGAUAUCCCCCCGGGUUUGGUACAAGCCCCUAUGCUGUUUUUGUUGAAGGAUUCCCUAUGUCCCAUGGAUUGACGGCGUUUGGAAGGAAUUUCUUUUGUACUUUUUCAUUUGUUUUGCACGAAGAGAUGAGACAUGAGCAUGAGACUCAUAGCAUUUAAUCGGCGUGGCGAAAACCUUUUGCGCGGACUUGGUUAUUGGUUCUUCCUCCUGUUACUCUUGUCUUCUACUUGCUCAUCGGGCCUCGUCAUUCAGGCUUCUUGUACAUACGCGCAUCUCAUGUACCGAGUCUUUUCUCGAUUCUGGCAUUCUCCUUGACGAGGUGUUGUUACCUAAUGGAGACAAUCAACAUUGGAUCUUUUCAUCUGAACGCAUUCUAGCAGUAUCGCGUACUCCGAGUCCAUGUCAGACAAAUCGGGUAGUCCCUUCUUGAUCCCAUGCUAAUUUGGGAUAGCGUGUGACUUGAUGGGGAUGGUUUUGUCUCUAGACGGAUAUACAUGGUUCAAGGCACAUGACAUGGGGGUAUCUAAUGAUUCUUCAUCCCUUGGGCACCUUUCGUGAUGCCACCAGGUUCCCCUGAUUAUUAUGGAAUACAAAAGAAUCGCUGUUCCAUACUGAUUGCUUCUUCCUUUCCCUAAUUCUUACUAGUCUGUUCUCACCGUUCUUCUCAUGCCUAACUCGGCAUAAAUGACACCUUUAAUUAAUCCAAAUAAUCCAGAUGAGAUCCAGUUUCCGACCGAGAAGGUAUAAGCUGCCCUCUGCCCUGUCAUUGAUGUGAGCAGAUUUAUCAACGCGACAGGUUCCGUAGUGAUGGAGGGAUGAGGAAGGCGAGUGACUGUUUCAAGCGGCUCAAGGAUUUUGACACGUUGUAUAUCGAAGGAUCAAAAAGCAACGUCGCUAUGAACGCUUGGCUGCCACAAGCCAGUUAUCCCUGUGGUAACUUUUCUGGCACCUCUAGCCUCAAAUUUCGAGGGACUAAAGGAUCGAUAGGCCACACUUUCAUGGUUUGUAUUCACACUGAAAAUCAAAAUCAAGGGG